AUGGAUAUAAGUUGUCCUAUGUGUGAUUUGGACGUAGAACACUUGCUACAUGUUUUCUUCGACUGUCCUUUUGCUCGUCUUUGCUGGCACUAUGCAGGUUGUGAUUAUGACAUGAGUAAUGUCGAGUUUGCUCCAGAUUGGCUUAUCCAGAAACUUGCUUCAGCGAAUAACGACGAGAUGAUGACCAUAUGUAGAGUGCUGUGGGGAAUUUGGUUCUUUAGGAACAAGAAAGUGUGGGAGAACAAGGUGGUUAAUCACUUUACAGCAAUGGAUUGGAGCCUCAAAUGUUUCUCAGACUGGAGAGCAGCUAAAGCUAGUCGAGCAACAGUGCAAAGUGCUAAUUCAAGCAGUGUGCCCCGCAAUAAUCACAAGUGGCAGGCCCCUGAAGCUGGUGGGUUCAAAUUGAAUGUGGAUGCUUCUUUUUAUGCUGGUUCUGAAUCAUUUUCAAUUGGGAUGGUUAUUCGUGAUCAUACGGGGUCUUUCUUAGGAGGGCAAGUUGCUCGGUAUCCAAAUGUUAACACUGUCUUUGAAGCUGAAGCGAUGGCCAUAGCAGAAACUCUGAGUUGGUUAAUGACUUUGCCAUAUCAAGGUGUAAUCGUGGAGUCCGAUUCUCUCUUGUCUGUUCAAGCCAUCCGCUGCUGCCAUGUUAAUUCUCUUGAAGUUGGUCAUGUUCUGGAUAGGUGUCAUAGUUUACUUUGUUCAAGACCUGAUCUAUCUGUUUCUUUUGUCAAACGGCAAUCAAAUAAGUUAGCCCAUGAAAUGGCUUGUAUCCCUUGUUUGCUUCAUUGCCAUAAUUUGUUUACGUCGCCCCCUGCUUCUCUGGUGGAGACUAUCUUGUAUGAUUCAACAUUUUAA